GUUCCCCCUCUAGACCUAUACCUUAAUAAAAGGCUAGUAGACUUCGAAAGACGAAUUCGACGACCGGUCCUCCUAGGGGGCCAAAUGUCAGAGAGACAGAUUGUUAUAGUGCCAGAGGAGAGGGCUAGCACUGGAGGACAGGUUCGAAGGUAUGCACCAGAGGUGCAAGGUAGGUCGAUUGGGAGGUUUUAG